UUUUCUCCCCAUUUCUUUAGGUGCUUCUUCUCUUUGAUCUUCCGCUUUGUCUUCCAUUACCAGACCUUCGUCGUCUGUAAUCCACGUUUUUUCACCGGAUCUCUGCGUCUAGUUCCAUUUGCAGCUCAAAGAUGCGUGAGAUUUUGCACAUCCAGGGAGGCCAGUGCGGCAACCAGAUCGGUGCCAAGUUCUGGGAAGUCGUGUGCGCUGAGCAUGGGAUCGACGCUACCGGAAGGUACCAUGGGGACUCUGAUCUACAGCUCGAGAGGGUUAAUGUCUACUACAACGAGGCUAGCUGUGGACGGUUUGUUCCUCGUGCGGUGCUGAUGGAUCUGGAGCCAGGGACUAUGGACAGUGUUAGAUCUGGUCACUAUGGUCAGAUCUUCCGCCCUGAUAACUUCGUUUUCGGGCAGUCCGGUGCCGGAAAUAACUGGGCCAAGGGGCACUACACCGAAGGAGCGGAGCUCAUCGAUUCUGUUCUCGACGUUGUCAGAAAAGAGGCAGAGAACUGUGAUUGCUUGCAAGGAUUUCAGGUCUGCCAUUCGUUGGGAGGUGGAACCGGAUCAGGAAUGGGAACCUUGCUCAUUUCAAAGAUCAGGGAGGAGUACCCGGAUCGGAUGAUGCUUACAUUCUCAGUCUUCCCAUCUCCGAAGGUUUCUGAUACGGUCGUUGAACCUUACAACGCUACCCUCUCUGUUCACCAGCUUGUCGAGAAUGCAGACGAGUGCAUGGUUUUGGAUAACGAAGCUCUCUAUGAUAUCUGCUUCCGCACACUCAAGCUCACUACUCCAAGCUUUGGGGAUCUGAACCACCUGAUUUCUGCGACCAUGAGUGGGGUCACUUGCUGCCUUCGGUUCCCCGGUCAACUCAACUCUGAUCUUCGCAAGCUGGCAGUCAACCUCAUUCCGUUCCCUCGAUUGCACUUCUUCAUGGUUGGUUUUGCUCCGCUCACAUCUCGUGGGUCUCAGCAAUACCGUGCCCUUACCGUCCCCGAGCUCACUCAACAGAUGUGGGAUGCCAAGAAUAUGAUGUGUGCUGCCGACCCACGACAUGGGCGGUAUCUCACUGCUUCUGCCAUGUUCCGUGGCAAGAUGAGCACCAAGGAGGUUGAUGAACAGAUGAUCAACGUUCAGAACAAGAACUCAUCUUACUUCGUCGAGUGGAUCCCGAACAAUGUGAAGUCCACAGUUUGUGACAUACCUCCUACAGGUUUGAAGAUGGCCUCAACAUUCAUCGGUAACUCCACAUCAAUCCAGGAGAUGUUCAGGAGGGUCAGUGAGCAGUUCACUGCCAUGUUCAGGAGGAAGGCUUUCUUGCACUGGUACACUGGUGAAGGUAUGGACGAAAUGGAGUUUACAGAGGCGGAGAGCAACAUGAACGAUCUGGUGUCCGAGUACCAGCAAUACCAGGAUGCCACAGCUGACGAGGAGGGUGAUGAGUAUGAAGAUGAAGAGGAGCUUCAGGAUGAGUAAGAGAAAGGAUUGCUGCCGUCGCUAUUUGUAUUGGGAUAUAAAUGUGCAGCUUCCUCUGCUUGCAUCAAGUUGGAGUUUCUUGUUUGCUAUAUUUUCAAUGAGUAUUUUUGAUGUGGGGAUGGGUUUGCUGCUGCAAUAUCCUAUUGCCUUGUUCUCUAUGAUCGUACUGCUUUGGUUGUUCUAACAUUCUGUCACAAGUAAUGUUUACUGGCUGGCUUAUUUUCUUUCACUUCGGUUAGUUAACUUUGUUUGAACUUUGAAGGGAUAUUAUAGUACAAUCACAAUUUUCCCUCUGUGGUGUUGCAUUUGGACUAGUGUAAAACAACUGGAUUCCUUUU